AUGGUCCCAGCGGGCGCUAUCGUAGACGGUUUCUAUUCGUCUUCCUCCGAGCGCGCGUUCCUCGACGGCACGCACGACAGCUCCGGCCCCAUUCCGGAUUCGGAUCACAGUGCUUUCCCGACCAGUGGCGAGACGACACUGUCCGCGGCGAAUUCACCGGGGGAUGUGCUGGGGUUGACGUGGCCUCUGAAU